AACUAGCUCACUACGAGUUGCACCCCUCACACCACUGCUGGGGGCUUCAGGGAAGCGCGGCAGAGCCGUCCAGCGUCACCAAGAACCCGUGGGGCAGGGGACAAAGGUAAAGCAAAGGGGAAAGGAGAGACCUCGGGACAUGGCGAGGGCCCGGAGCUCCGCGCGUCCCUGCGGCCUCCCUCAGGGGCGGGAGCGGCGCACACCGCCAUCCGCCCCGCAGCGCCCAGGGAGCCGCAACCACCCUCCGCUAGUGUUUCGCUCUGCUCCGGGACUCACACGCCGGGCCCCGCCGCCCCUUCCCACCCCGGAACUACAGCUCCCGGCGGGCGCCACGGCAGAGCGGCUCUCCGUGAGGCAGCACCGGGCUCCCGGACUACAGCUCCCAGCGUGCCGCCGCAGCCUUCCCGUCUCCGCGGUGAGAAAAUAACCCUGAAGUUCCCCGCGAUCAGCUGAUCCCGGCUGACAACGAGGGGAGCGGGCGGAGGGGCGCGGGUACUGCCCGCUCCUGCCCAGUCCUGCCGGGAGCUUCGCCUGCAUGGUCGGGCCCCCGCCCCGGCCGCUCCGGGAGGAGACCUGGGACACCCCCCCCCCCAACCCCAGUAGCGGAGGGGACGGCGGGGGGGAGGAGGAAGCGGCGGCAGGGACCCGACUCCUUAGUCACCGGGUGCCGGCGGGAGGAAGGGGAAGCGGGGAGGCCGCCGGCUUGUAAACAAUAGCCCCGUGCCGCGCCGCCUUUGUUCCCGGUCCCCGCCGCAGCUCCCCUCCCGCUGCCUCCACUCAGCAGGAGGAGACCGGGGGGCUUCCUCCUGCCUUCCGGGCCGCCGGUGAAGAAUAAUCGGGUGCCGCGCUGGGCGCAGCCUCAGCUGUCUUCCUCCGAUCCCUGCUUCAGGGGUGUACUUGUCCUGUGUGUUGAAGUACACCAGGCUGGGUGUUUUUCUUGUUGCUGAAAACACACUAUAUAGUUAAGUACAAAAAGAAUGUAUACCAGCAUUUGGGUAUAACAAUACAUGAAGCCAGCCACAUUGUUUAAGUUUAUUUUGGAGAAAGAAAACUUCAUCUGUGCCUGACAAGACUUUUCCUGGAAGAACAGAAACAAGAGGGGAAAAAACAUUGCUUUAAAAGAAUUUGAAGAUGAGUGCUCAUACACAAACUGUAGAGAAAGGACAGAACACGACACUCCUGUGCCAGGAAAGCUAUGUUUGCAGUGGGACAGAUGAAGCAAUCUUUGAGUGUGAUGAGUGCAGGAGCCUACAGUGCCAGCGUUGUGAAGAAGAGCUGCAUCAACCGGAAAAGUUACGGAACCACGAACGGACCCGUAUAAGACCUGGCCAUGUCCCAUUCUGUGACUUCUGCAAAGGCGCCAAUGGGAACAUAAUGCAUGCCAGUAUGGCAAGACAGAUAGCAGCAGUGAGGUGCCAGGUGUGCAAAAUCAACCUCUGCGUGGAGUGUCAGAAGAGAACACAUGCUGGGGGGAACAAAAGGAAGCACCCUGUCACCAUCUACCAUGCUGGCAAAGCCCAAGAGCAUGAAGAGGAAGAGGUGAUGGAUGAGGAGACCAAGAGAAGGAAGAUGACAGAGAAAGUUGUGAGUUUUCUCUUAGUGGAUGAAACUGAGGAGAUUCAGGUAAGGAAUGAAGAAGACUUUAUUAAGAAACUGGACUGCAGUCCUGACCAGCAUCUAAAGGUAGUGUCCAUCUUUGGGAACACAGGGGAUGGCAAGUCUCACACCCUUAACCACACUUUCUUCUAUGGCCGGGAAGUCUUCAAGACGUCUCCAGCCCAAGAGUCUUGCACAGUUGGAGUCUGGGCAGCCUAUGACCCUGUCUGCAAAGUGGUGGUAAUUGAUACAGAGGGCCUCCUGGGGGCCACUGUGAACCUGAGCCAGAGAACACGACUCCUGCUGAAGGUCUUGGCGAUCUCUGACCUCAUCAUCUACCGUACUCGUGCUGACAGGCUCCACAAUGAUCUCUUCAAAUUCCUUGGUGAUGCCUCGGAGGCUUAUUUAAAACAUUUCACCAAGGAGCUAAAAGCUACCACAGCCCGCUGUGGCCUCGAUGUUCCUCUGUCAACUUUGGGUCCAGGUGUCAUCAUCUUUCAUGAGACUGUGUACACCAAGCUGCUGGGCUCUGAUCAUCCGUCUGAGGUUCCUGAGAAGCUCAUUCAGGAUCGGUUUCGGAAGCUAAGCUGUUUUCCUGAGGCUUUCAGCUCAAUCCACUACAAGGGAACAAGGACAUACAAUCCUCCAACAGAUUUCUCUGGACUUAGGCGAGCUGUGGAGCAGCAGCUGGAGAACAAUACCACUCGAUCACCUAGACAGCCUGGGGUUAUCUACAAGGCACUAAAAGCUCUAAGUGACCGAUUCAGUGGGGAGAUCCCUGAUGACCAGAUGGCUCACAGCUCUUUCUUUCCAGAUGAGUAUUUCACAUGCUCCUCUGUGUGCCUCAGCUGUGGGUGUGGCUGCAAGAAGAGCAUGAACCAUGCAAAGGAAGGAGUCCCUCAUGAAUCCAAAAGUCGGUGCAGAUAUUCUCACCAGUAUGAUAACAGAGUCUAUACUUGCAAGGCCUGUUAUGAACGAGGGAUGGAAGUCAGCGUGGUGCCAAAAACUUCUGCUUCCACUGACUCCCCUUGGCUGGGCCUUGCCAAGUAUGCUUGGUCAGGGUACGUGAUUGAGUGCCCCAACUGUGGGGUGGUGUACCGCAGCCGACAGUACUGGUUUGGCAAUCAAGAUCCUGUGAACACUGUAGUGAGAACAGAAAUUGAGCAUGUCUGGCCAGGGACUGACGGAUUUCUGAAAGACAACAACAAUGCAGCCCAGCGUUUGUUGGAUGGCAUGAAUUUCAUGGCACAAUCAGUAUCUGAACUUAGCCUGGGACCCACAAAAGCUGUGACUUCCUGGUUGACAGACCAGAUUGCCCCAGCUUACUGGAGACCCAACUCUCAGAUCCUGACUUGUAAUAAGUGCAACGCUCCUUUUAAAGAUAACGACACUAAACAUCACUGCCGGGCCUGUGGAGAGGGCUUCUGUGAUGGCUGUUCUUCUAAGACCCGUCCAGUGCCUGAGCGAGGCUGGGGACCAGCACCAGUGCGUGUGUGUGACAACUGCUAUGAAAACAGGGGCAUCCAGUUAGAUGUAGCUGAGCUGCCUUCAGAUGAGGAAGGUGGGACUCUUAUUGCCAGGAAGGUGGGGGAAGCUGUGCAGAACACUCUUGGAGCGGUGGUGACAGCCAUGGACAUUCCCUUAGGUCUGGUAAAAGAUGCUGCCCGACCUGCAUACUGGGUACCAGACCAUGAAAUCCUGCACUGCCACAACUGCCGGAAGGAAUUCAGUAUCAAACUCUCCAAGCACCACUGUCGGGCCUGUGGCCAGGGGUUCUGUGAUGAAUGCUCACAUGAUCGCAGAGCGGUUCCCUCUCGUGGAUGGGAUCACCCAGUCCGAGUUUGCUUUAACUGCAAUAAAAAGCCUGGUGACCUUUAACCCCAGGCUCUUCUCCUGAUCUUUGCAAUUCCUUAUGUUCUCAGGGUUACAAAUGAAAAUAUCUGGUCUCCCUUUCACCUCUUAACCUGUUGCAGCCAGAGUGCAUGUUUCCAGUUUCUGGCCUCCUCUUGUGCUAUAUCCAUCUUGGAACGCUGGGAAUGAGCUUAUGUUCAACCUCUAGGUUUUAAUUUCAAAUUAACUGGAGAAGGGAGGGAGCUCCCUUAUAAAUGAACAAACAAAAAUCCAGUAUAUUUUAUUCUAAUUAAAAAAAAUAGAUAUCUAUAUAUAUAUCAACUAUGUCUAAUUUAGUAUAUUAAGAAUACGGUUGGCUAAUGAAGCUUUGAGUAUUCCUAGUUCAGAUGAUGGAUGGUGUUCCUUACUAUAUUGGAUCAGACAUAUGGCCUUCUGAUUCUUUCUUUGGAACGUCUUACUGAUCACAAUGUCCUGUGAGGAAGGUUUGGAUUCUGUGCUGCCAGGAAAUCUCCAGUGUUGAUGUAUGAAUGAUACCUUAUACCUGGAGGUGCUGUAAUUCUGGCCAUGGAAUUAAUCCAGAAACCCAGAUUCAUUAGCAAGUUUGUGUGAACUGUGAUAUGAGCAGUGGUCUUGCAGUGCAAGAGGUAUCAAGUUUGAAGUAGAGACCAGUAGAGCUCUGAAAGGAGAGCAAAUCAUACGGCACAAGGCAAAGCAUUCUGCUUUUGCCUUCUCAACUUCAAUACCAGAUCAAAAGGUAGCAGGGUCUUGCUCUCCCUGGCAAUGUUCUCAUGUACUCAGGUGUUUUCAAUUUUCUCUGCCAGCUUGUUGCAGUUAAAAGUUUUGUCCAGAGCAGAACAAGAGAACAAGUUUUGUUGGCAAUUCUGAUAUACAAAGUUUGAGUUGUUUGAAUUGUGAUGACUUUUGUUUUCCCUGACUUUUUAAGUGAUCCCAUAGUCUCUGGCGCCUCUGUGUUCUCAGACGUGGUUGCAAAGAAACUACACAGAUUUGACUCAUCUUUUUUCUAAUAAUAUGAACUUACAAAUCCACCUGGAAGAUGGGAAUCUUUCUUCUUUGCUCCUAGCAACUGGCACUCACAGGACUUCAUCCUUUUAUUAGAGGACUGCAAUGAAUUCACUGAUUUUAUUAUAAGCACCACUUAACCUAACUAAUGGUGUCUUGUACUGUGGAUUUGUGGUUCCAGUUAUAAGAAGUAAGAGACUGUUGUGGAUUAAACUACCUAAAAUUCUCCCUUCUUGGCUUACGCAGACAAGAAUUUUUCUACCGCAUGAGAAUUGUCUCCUCUUGGAGUGGCUGGAGUGUGAUGCAAUGUCCUGGAACUGUGGUAUUUUUUUCCCCAGCUUAUUACAUGUGCUCUUGUGUAGAUGAGUGCCGAACAUCCUGGUUUAGGACUGUAUUAUUAAAUUAACUGCUAUAAAAGACUUUAUCUUCCGAA